UGCUUUUAAGGAACUUUCUCCUUUUGUAUCCGACUAGUAAGGUAUAAACUCCUCUUUAGUCUUGUUAACACCAGUUCAUUUAUCGAGAUGAGAGACUUUUUAUACCUAUAUUUCUUGCUACUAAAAAAAGGGUUGAAUCAACAGUUAAAAAGAUAUUGGGGGUUAAUAAUUGGACUUGGUAUAGUUCUAUUUCUACUAGGACCUCUACCACUUGUGUCAAAAGAUCUUUUUCUUUGGAAAGGGGUAACAAUAAAUAAAAAUAUAAUUUCAAACAGCCUGAGAGUCUUCGUCUCUUCUUCCCCGAUUAACCUCGCAGAUUUGAUAAGAAAAGCAAGUGUCUCCUUUGAACCUGUUUAUGAUUUUUCAGUUGGCGAUAACCUAAUAGCUAAUUUGUCUCUUUAUUACAUUGGCACUACAAAAACUCUUGGAUACAAUCUUACUCAACUUGCUAGGGGCGGGGAAGGGGGGUUUUAUACUGUGCAAUUUGAACUUGAAAGAGUACUUUUGUUGAAUAACCUCCCCAUCACGCCCUUUUUUCCUGACAGAAGUAUUACUUUAAGGCCCUAUACUCCAAACUUAUCUAAGGGGGCUAUCACGUCAUUAUUAGUAUUCUAUGUACUUUCAUUGGUACAUCCUAUCAUGGUCAUUACCAAGACCCUUGUUAAGGAAAAGGAGAGAGGGCUUAAAGAAUAUUUAAAAGUUAUGGGGGCAACUGAGACGUGUUAUUGGCUAUCAUGGUUAACCACCUUUUUUUUUCGAAAUUUUUUGGUUAUGUUAUCACUCACUAUAAUAAAUAUUAUUACUUUUAGUCCUGUCCCUAUUGGGAUAAUUAUUAUUUUCCAAGUUUUACUUGCCUUCGGCCUUCUUUCGUUUUGUGUUCUAGUUUAUAGUCUUGUUAAUACAGAGUCAUUGUCAUCCACUAUCUGCCUGUUACUGUACUUUUUAACCUUCUUACCUUAUUUUAUUUUUCAGGCGUAUCCUCAAGUUUCCUCUCUACCCUUAGUCCGAAUAGGCCUCUCCUUUUUUUUUACCACCUGCUUUAUGCGAUGCAUAGCAUUAUUUAUUGAAUUUCAUAUUCGCCAUGGAUUUCUUAAAGACAAUAAAGAUGUUGCUCAGAUUGAAAAUAAUCUUACGGGAUUUAUGGAACCGUUAUGUAUGUGCCUGCUUCUUAUUGUUAUUCAGUUCCUAUUAGGCUUCUAUAUAAAUGCAAUUUAUCCUGGAAAGUAUGGUAUUCGGAAGCCUUGGUACUUUCCCGCGCUUUGGCUCAUGAAUUUAUUUAAAAAUAACAACAAUUCUCCUGAUAUUAGCAAAACUGAAGCUCCGGUCAUGGUAGACAAAAAUUCAACAUACAUUGAGCCGGCGAUUUCGGAGCUGCCAGUUGCAGUCUCGAUUUCCAACCUAAGAAAAGUAUACGGGAAAAAGUCGGUUGCGCUGGAUGGAAUUACCGUCCAGUUGUAUGAAAACCAAAUUUUUGGUCUGCUUGGCCUCAACGGAGCAGGCAAAUCGACGCUAAUAUCGAUAUUAACGGGAAUACUCAAGCCCACUUCGGGUACAGCUUACAUUCAUGGCUGCGAUAUUCGAAAAGACAUGAGUACUAUUCGAGAAAAUUUAGGUUUUUGUCCUCAGUACAAUGUACUGUUUAGCUCAAUGACAAUAGAGGAGCACAUGACAUUUAUCUGUCGUCUCCGAAGAGUGAAUGAAAAAUUGCUCAGUCGCGAAGUUAAGGAAAUGUUACAAAUAUUAAAUCUAGAACACCUUAAAACUUCUUACCCCAAAAUAUUGUCCGGGGGUAUGAGACGUAAGUUAUGCCUCGCGUUAGCAUUAAUUGGAAAUCCUAAAUUUAUCAUUCUCGACGAACCUACUGCUGGCGUGGAUCCGGGGGCGAGACUCUUUAUAAGAAAUUUAUUGAGAAAGUUCAGGAAGGACCACACCAUGAUCCUAAGCACACAUUAUAUGGAUGAAGCAGACUUUUUAUGCGAUAGAGUCGCAAUCUUAAUCAAGGGCGUAAUAAAAGCUUAUGGAACUCCUUUUAACCUUAAAAGACAAAUAAAUAUAGGCCAAUUAUUAUUCCUUGCUAGAGACGUAUCCUCUGAGAAAGCAAGCAUCGACACUGUUACAUCUUUCGUUCAAAAACAUGUAUCCUCAGCAGUUUUGCUUCGUGGCCACGCUGGAGAGCUGGUAUAUAGUGUCCCCACCAAUAUCGAUGAUCCUGAUCUUCUAAAUCUUCUUGAUUCCUUGGAAGAAAACAAAAGCAAAUAUGGCAUCAGUGGCUUUGGUAUAUCGGAGGGUUCUUUGGAGAACGUUUUUCUAAAAUUGGUUCAAGAGGAAAAAAACUCUUCCAGGCUGCUGGCCCAAACCACGAGGGCUAUUUCUGGGAGUAGAACCAAUGAUUUGGAGGCAGAAAUUGAUGCACUACAGGUCUCUUCUGCCGUUGCUAAAAAGAAAGGCUUUCCCUUAGCAAUAAGGCAUUUGAAUGCACUGCUAUACAAGAAAUUUUUGUAUACAAAAAAUGACUUAGGAGCUUUUUUUUUGCAACUACUCCUUCCUAUUAUAUUGCUUGUUGUAAUGGGCAUUACUAAUAGCUCGCACAAUGCUUCAAACUUAGUAUCACUCCCCUCUUCUACUGAUAAACUUCCAGGACUUAUUAUAUCCAGGGAGCCUGCUCUCUUUUAUAAUCCUUUUGUUAAGGAGUUUUUGCGUAUUGCCAAAGAGGAUUCAGCACUUGAAGUUACAACUUUAUUGUCGGAAGAGGGGAAAAUAAAAACUCAAAUUGAAGAAACUCUAAUUGAGUGGCCUGGUAUUUUUACCAAGUUUCCGGCGGCUAUAUCAUUUAAACAGAAUGCCGGCACUGUAUCGGAAACUACAAUCUUUUAUAAUUCGGAGUCUCCCAUCCUUCCACAUGAAUUAAUUAAUUUCUAUAACAAUCUUUGUUUAAGAGCACUCCUACCUUCUGAAAGCCAUAAAAAAUUUGAGCAUUUCCUCACAGGAAAUAUUGUUUUGAGUAGCGAAGAGAAACAAAAUUUUACUGACUCGUCCUCCUCCUUUCCUUUUAAAAUUGCUGUUGCCUUUGUUACAAGUGGUUUCAUUAUACUUGUAAUAAAGGAAAAAGUUAACAACUCAAAGCAUUUGCAACUACUUGCCGGCGUCCAUCCAAUUAUUUACUGGAGCUCUUUUUUUUUAUGGGAUUUUGUUAUUACCCUCAUCAUGAUAGUCUUGAUUACUCUUAUUGUCUUCCUCCUUAAAUAUCUUCCCUCAGCAUCUGUAGGCCAGUUUAUUUUGUUCAUGGUCAUUUACAUGCCUACAAUGCUCUCUUCCAUGUACGUAUUCUCCUUUAUGUUUAACAGUCCCAUAAGCGGGUAUUCUACGUUGCUGGUUGGAGAUAUAGUAGUUUCUCAUAUUUUACUUGCAUUCUUUCACCAUCUACCUCAUGAAUCAGCAUUAUAUCUUUUUUCAGUUUUCCCGCCCUUCUCUUUCUUGAUGGUUCUACAAGAUCUUCUUAAUCCAUCACAGAAAGCUGACUUUGCCUUACGUUAUGCCAUACUUUUGGUGGUUAUGUUUUUGAACGUUUGCCUACUAUUUUUCGGGGAAUACUACAACUCCAUUAUGGCAUGGCUACAAACUCGUUUUGCAACUCCUAUUCGGACCUUUGUUUCUAAUGAUGAGGAUCUUCUUAAUGAAUACCAGAAAUUAUCAAAAAUAACCGAGAAAAACAACGAUUCCGCCAUUGUUCUUAACUUACGAAAGGAAUUCAACAGUCACACCUUACUUCGCUGUUUUAACCGCGUGUUUCUGGCUGUUAAACAGUUGUCUUUCGGUGUAUCACCUGGCCAGCUCUUCGGGAUAUUAGGUAGCAACGGUGCUGGAAAAACCACUACUUUCAGAAUGCUAAUCGGGGAACUUCUUCCUACGGCGGGCUCUAUAACUAUUAAUGGAUUUGAUAUAGCCAAGAACUAUGGGAGUCUUGGUCGACUUAAGAUUGGCUAUUGCCCACAGGACGACCCUUUACCUGAUAAUAUGACCGGUUAUCAAGCACUUUACAUAUACGCUAUCCUGCACGACAUUCCCCGUUCUUACAUAAAGAAAUAUAUUAGUGAGUUCUUAGAGCUCCUUGACCUUAAAAAGUUAGCUCAUAAAAAGUGUGGCACGUACAGCAGAGGAACCCGGCGCAGACUAUCCGUAGCACUUUCAUUGCUGGGCUCUCCCCGGCUGGUGUUCCUUGAUGAACCGACGGCAGGAGUUGAUCCUGCAAUUAGGAGAAAAUUUUGGGAUCUGUUUGAAAGAUACGUGGGCUUUGGAAACGCCAUAGUCCUAACUUCCCAUUCAAUGGAGGAAUGUGAGGCUGUUUGCCAUCGCCUAACAAUUUUAGCCUGUGGUGAACCAAAGUGCAUUGGUUCCGUGCAGCAUCUUAAGUAUAAAUUUGGAAACCGAUAUUCCAUAUUUAUUAAAGUAAAUAACAAAGGCCCAACAGAUGAGGUUCAUAAAGUGCUAACUAACAUGAACACUCUUCUUCCAUCCCCGGAAAUUGAUAACUGCGAAGGCUUUAUUGUAUGCCAUGUCUCUAAGGAUUUGAUAGGCUGGAGAGAGCUAUUGGCUGUUAUUACUAAGAUAAUUGAAAGCUGUCGCAUUGAAAGCUAUCAGUUGGGCCAAACUUCCCUUGAAGAGGUAUUUAUUAAGUUAACUGAUUCUGACUUUUUUUAACCGAAUUUUACUGUUAAAAAAAAAAUAAUAAAUAUUUU